AUGUGCUUGUCUCUACUUUUCCUUUUGGCUUCCGCAUCAAAACUGGAAAAGUGUAUCUUUGAUGAUUGCAACAUUCAAAAGGCUCUAGAAAUGGACAUAGAGGAGCCAAUAGACUAUGCUCUUAAAUAUUUUAUUCUCAAAAGAUUCAAGAAAGAUACAGAAAAGGCCGUCCUUACCCUUCUGGAUGCACCGGAAGACAACCUCUACUGCAAUAUGAUUCUGGUACGUUCUGGGGAUAUUGACAACCACUUGGAAAUUCCAUUAUCCUCCAAGAAUCAUAUCCUAAAGGAGCUCGGCGCCAGCGUUGCAGAUCUCUUCUUUAAAAACAAAUACAACUUUCGAGACCUUAUAGUUUUGGAAAAGGCAAUUCCGCCCAGAGAAAUUAAUGAUGUUAUCAAAAAUGUUUGGACCUGUGAUCCCUGGGUCGUAUCGAAGUUCUUUAUUUUUAUUGAAACAAGAGAUAUUAAGCUUGAAAAUGUUGUUAAUGAAGUAAUGUAUCUUGCAAAGAAGGGCGACAAGCAGGCCAAUUAUUUAAUGGGUGUUAUGCAUCUCCAUGGAAUUGGCAUUGAGAAAGACCUGGAUAAAGCGCUGGAAUACUUCUGGUUUAGUGAAUCAGAGGAGGCCCCGCAGUCUUACAUUGGUGUUGCAAGGGUGUACAUGGAUGAAGAACGCCUCAACGAGCCAAAUGCAAUAAACAACCUGCGCAUUGCAUUGAGAAAUAGUCCAAACUCUGAGGCUUCAUAUUGCCUUCAUCUCCUUACAGAAGCCAGCUCACAAAAGGAGCAGAAAGGCUUAGAAUAUUUGAAAGCAGCGGCAUAUUCCGGAUAUCUACCCGCAGUAUACAAGUUUGGUGUUUACCUUUCCAAAAACAAUACAUUAGAGGCCUCAAACACAUCUCUAAACAGUGUAAUGGUGUUUCAUCCGGAGAUUUUGAGGUAUGAUACAUUAGCUUACGGAUGUUUUCUAGAGGGCAACUAUCGCAAAGCGCUUUUAAUUUACAUGUUUUUGUCCGAGUUUAAUCUUCCCUCGGCUGUUAGCAAUACCAUAUACUUAUUAGAAAAGCAUAGACUUAUAGAGGACCAAGACAUAAUAAUGUGCGAUAUAUUCAAAGAGCUGGCCAAAACCGAUCCCAAAUACAACAAAAAUAUUGGAGAUUGCUAUCUACAUGGAAAUGGUGUUAAAAAAUCAUAUAUCAGUGCUUUUGCUAGCUAUCUUUCGUCAAGGAAGUUCUCGGAGGAAGGCGCGUACAACACAGCGGUAAUGUAUGAGCAUGGUCUCGGGGUGCCACGAAAUCUGUACGAAGCCAAGAGAAUCAUUUCUAAGUAUCUCUACCACGAAUCGUCAUACUUGGUUAAAUUCUACUCUCUUCUUAGAAUCAACCUAAAGAUUCUGCUUUACCAUCACUAUAUUAUUUCCACGCUUGGAAUAUUGACUGCGGUUUCAUUUUCAUCGUUAUUUUUUGUAAAAGGUGCAUGA